AUGAAUGUUAUUGGAAGUGUUCUGAGCACCAUUAAGCCUAGGGAAGAUGACCUCGGGUCUGAUCGUAUGAAUUAUUAUUAUACUACAGUCAUGAUCAUGUUUGUUUCAAUUACUAUAACGAUGAAACAACAAGUUGGAAACCCAUUGCAAUGCUGGGUACCACAACAGUUCAAAAAACCGUGGGAACAAUAUGCAGAAAAUUACUGUUUUGUAUAUAAUACAUAUUGGGUGAAUCCAACGGAACUAGUGCCAGAUUCAGUCCAAGAAAGAAUCGCUAAGCAAUUAAUAUAUUACCAAUGGGUAUCAUUUAUUAUGGGACUUGAAGCCUUUUUCUUCUACCUCCCGGCUGCAAUAUGGGGAGCGAUGUAUAGAAAAUCUGGGUUGAAUAUACUCAGUAUGACUAAAGCAGCUAUUGAAGCUGAGAAAGCGACGGAUGAAGCUGUCCGUUUGAAAAAACUUGGCAUUAUCAAAAUGCACUUCGCUGAGUACGUCCGAGUCAAUGCAAAUCGGAAAAAAUAUAAUCCAACUUUAUUCAAGAGAAUGGGAAAGUUUGGGCUGGUUGAUGGCUGCUUCAUCAGCAAUUCCUAUAUCUUUAUUAAAUGCCUCUAUAUGCUGAAUAUAAUUGGGCAAUUCUUGAUGCAAAACCAAUUCCUUGGGCAAUAUAAUCACUUAUGGGGUGCUACAAUAUUAUCUGAUAUUAUUAGUGGUUCGAAUUGGGAGGAUACAGGCAAUUUCCCUCGAAUCGCCAUGUGGUUUAUCGUCGUGUUUGCCUACACCUUCACCGACACCCUCCAAUUAGCCAUUCGUACCCGAGUCUCGGGCAAAAAAGAGGAAUUUAUCAGAAAAUACCUCAAAGUAGCUGUUGUUGAUGAAGCAUUACUUACCGAAUUUUGCAAAAAGAAGAUCAACGCCGAUAUUGUCAUCAUAAUGGCAAUAAUCUCCAAUCACUCAAGUGAUAUCAUCACCACAGAAUUGAUCGAGCUGAUGUGGAAAGAACACAGGGACACCAUCUUCCCGCCAGUCAAACAAGAUUCCGACCCAAAUGGCGGCGAAAAAAUUGGAUUCGGACAAGAGCAGCGGAGACGAAGAUGGAGACCACACUGGCAGGCAGAA